GGUUCUUCCUCCGUUCCUUCUGAAUCACUGCAUAGUUCAGUUUUAGGAUAUUCUUCAAGAUUCUUUUGCAAUCGGCUCUGGAACUGGCAAUCGGGGAAGAACAAGGAACUCAUCGAUGCUCGAUCACCUUCUCCUUUGAUGGGCAACGGAUGCCUCGGGUCUUCUUCCAGUAGCAGAGUUCGCCUUCCCGAACCCUCCUCCAAUCGACGCACUCUCUCCCACUCUCAGUCCAACUCCUCCGCCUCCGCCUCCGCCUCCUCGUCUUUCGACACGCUCAUAGCAACUACCGCCUUCAUGAGGUUCGGUAACGACUCUCCAGCCACUUAUUCUGCCGCCGUUGCAUCGGGAGGAUUUUACGUCCUCAGACACCCUACCCCUAACAUCCUUGAGCUCUACGCCCUGGGGCGCAAACUCGGGCAGGGGCAGUUCGGCACGACCUACCUCUGCACCGAGCUCGCCACCGGGUCGGAAUACGCAUGCAAGUCCAUCGCUAAGCGGAAGCUCAUUUCCAAGGAAGACGUGGAGGACGUGCGGAGGGAGAUUCAGAUCCUACACCACCUCUCCGGCCACAAGAAUGUCGUUACCAUAAAAGGUGCCUUCGAGGAUGCCCAAUUUGUGCACAUAGUCAUGGAGCUCUGCGCCGGAGGUGAGCUAUUCGACCGGAUCAUUGAGCGCGGGCACUACAGCGAGCGCAAGGCCGCCGAGCUCAUCAGGAUCAUUGUCGGGGUUAUCGAGGCUUGCCAUUCCUUGGGGGUCAUGCAUAGGGAUCUCAAGCCGGAAAAUUUCUUAUUGGUCAACAGGGAUGAAGAUUCAUCACUCAAGCUCAUUGAUUUCGGACUCUCAGUAUUCUUUAAGCCAGGUCAGAUAUUUACGGAUGUGGUUGGAAGCCCAUAUUAUGUUGCUCCCGAAGUUUUAUGCAAGCGUUAUGGGCCUGAAGCUGAUGUAUGGACAGCAGGUGUUAUACUUUACAUACUGUUAAGUGGUGUGCCACCUUUUUGGGCAGAAACUCAGCAAGGAAUAUUUGAGGCUGUUAUAAAAGGAGUCAUUGAUUUUGACUCAGAUCCAUGGCCUUUAAUCUCUGAAAGUGCCAAAGAUUUAAUAAGGAAAAUGCUCAACUCUCCUCCUUCAGAACGAUUGACAGCCCAUCAAGUGCUAUCUCAUCCCUGGAUUAUUGAGCAGGGAGUUGCUUCUGACCGAGCUCUAGACCCAGCAGUCCUCUCCCGUCUCAAACAAUUUUCUGCAAUGAACAAGCUAAAGAAGAUGGCCUUGAGGGUUAUAGCGGAAAGCCUCUCAGAGGAGGAGAUUGCUGGACUUAGAGAAAUGUUCACAGCUAUGGACACAGACAACAGUGGUGCAAUUACUUUUGAUGAGCUAAAAGCAGGUUUCAGAAAAUAUGGUUCUACAUUGAAGGAUACUGAGAUCCGUGAUCUUAUGGAAGCGGCCGAUAUUGAUAACAGUGGUACCAUUGAUUAUGGAGAAUUUAUUGCUGCAACAAUACAUCUGAACAAGCUGGAACGUGAAGAACAUUUAAUGGUAGCAUUUUCAUACUUUGACAAGGAUGGAAGUGGUUAUAUUACUGUCGAUGAGCUCCAACAAGCUUUUAAAGAGCAUAACAUGACUGAUGUUAUUCUUGAAGAUAUAAUUAAAGAAGCGGAUCAAGAUAAUGAUGGGCGUAUUGAUUAUGGCGAGUUUGUUGUUAUGAUGCAAAGAGGUAGUAUGGGACUGGGAAGGCGAACAAUGAGAAAUACUCUAACAUUAAGCAUGAGGGAUGCCGUCUUUUGAGUAUUAUGCUCAAAUGUUGCUUUAAUCUAUUAUUAGUAAGGCAGCUUUCAUGGCUUGUGUGUGUGUGUGUGUGUGUUUGUGUUGGUUUAGGAGAUAUGAUGUGCAAAA